AUGUCGUUCUCUACACUUGUUUCUGAUAUAGCAUUUAGAGAUGCCCCUCCCGGCGAGCGUGACUCGCAAAUCUCCCAUGCUCGUUCGCAAGCCACAGCUCGCUCGCUGACCAGCACUCGCGCGACGAGCGUUAGCAUUUCGGGUGACAUAUCCAGUCAAUUGCAUGCUGGCUACAGUCAUCCACUGGCGAGAACAUGGCAGUCCGAAAGACAACUGACAAAGGAAAUGCUCAUUUAUCCUAUAUUUAUUACCGAUAAUCCUGAUGAAGAAACACCAAUCCCCUCCUUACCGAAUCAGUCUCGCCGCGGCUUGAAUCGAAUAGUCCCCUUCUUGGCGCCGCUUGUGCGAAAGGGCCUCCGAUCUGUCAUGCUUUUUGGCGUGCCACUCAACCCAACAGCUAAAGACCCGCUGGGAACCGCUGCCGACGAUCCGUCGGGCCCUGUCAUACAGGCUAUUCGAUUGCUACGCUCGACAUUUCCCAGUCUCUAUAUAACCGUGGAUGUUUGUCUCUGCGAGUACACGUCCCAUGGCCACUGCGGAAUCCUCUGCGAUGACGGGAGCCUCAACAACACCCAAUCCGUUGAACGGAUAUCGGAUGUGGCCGUGGCGUACGCCAUGGCAGGCGCACACUGCGUUGCUCCUUCGGAUAUGAAUGACGGCCGUAUCCGUGCUAUAAAGCUGAAAUUGAUCGAGGCAGGAAUCUCACACCAGGUUACCCUCAUGUCAUAUGCAGCGAAAUUCAGCGGCUGCCUCUAUGGACCUUUCAGAGAUGCUGCUGGCUCUUCGCCAUCUUUUGGCGAUCGUAAGUGUUAUCAAUUGCCACCCGGCGGCCGUGGACUUGCUCGUCGCGCUAUUGUACGCGAUGUUGCCGAAGGCGCUGAUAUUAUCAUGGUGAAGCCAGCGAGCACAUUCCUUGAUAUAAUCAGCGAUGCAAAAGAACUAGCCAAGGACUUGCCUAUUGCAGCCUACCAAGUUAGCGGAGAAUACGCCAUGAUUCACGCUGGUGCUAAGGCUGGUGUGUUUGGAUUGAAAGAAAUGGCGUUCGAGAGUACACAGGGGAUACUGAGGGCCGGUGCUGGCAUCGUCAUCAGCUAUUUUACUCCAGAUUUCCUUGACUGGCUGUCUACUUGA